CUGAGUCUACACAUUAAAGGGCUCACUAGAACUGCCUGGCAAGGAUGGCAACCAAGGCUGACCACUCUGAGAGAAGUUCACAUUAUAAGGGAAAAUACUGAAAAGAGCUGAUGAAGGCCAUUAUGUGCACAGAUCCAGCUUCCUGAUUUUUCUCUUUGAGUUUGAGAAUAUGGGCUGCUGCGAUUCACUUGUCCUUGAGGAGAGUAGCACAGAUCGGGAGGCUUAGGGUGUUGCUCUAUUUCAAUUCUCCAGUUUCUUCCCUGUACCCUGGACUGGAAGGCUCUGCUGACUCCACGCUCAUACCUCGCUCUGCAGCUACUGCUUUUCCAGUAGAAAGACUAUGAAGGCUUCUCAACCCACUGUUUGGAAAGAGAGGAAAAUCCACCAGCUCUUGUCAGUGGUUUGGAGGUGGGUGCUGACUGCAAAUCAAUAGACAAUAGAACCUAGGAGCGGGCUUCCUCAGACUAACUAGCUUCACCGAUAUCAUAUCAACUUUGUUUUACAACACCGUGGAUCAGCCCAGGGCAAAUCCUCUACUGCUGAGCUACAUCCCUGGGCCCCUCGAGAUUCUGGGAUUCUCUUCGCUUCUGAGAUGUGAGAACCUGUGUGAUCGAUCUACAGUGCCGGGUGGAAAAUAAGAAGUUUUCUUCACAGUACUGGGCUCGGGCCGGGCCCCGCGGAGCCCCCGGCGCGGCCAUGAACCGACCCCAGGCGGCGUCGGCGGAGGCGGAGGAGGAACUGGAGUGGCAAGUGGCGAGUCGCAGGAGGAAGGCCUGGGCCAAGUGCCGCAGCUCCUGGCAGGCGUCGGAGACCGAGGAUCUGUCCACGGAGGCGACGACGCAGGACGAGGACGAGGACGACGAGGAGGACCUCCCGGGCGCGAAGCUGCCGGCGGCCGCGGGGCGAGGAAACGUGCCCAACGAGAAGAUCGCGAUCUGGCUCAAAGACUGCCGCACUCCUUUGGGAGCCUCACUGGAUGAGCAAAGCAGUGGUACGCUGAAGGGUGUGCCUGUGAGGAAUGGAGGGAGCUUUGAAGAUGACUUAUCACUGGGAGCUGAAGCCAAUCACCUACAUGAACCUGAUGCUCAAGUUGAAAACUGCAACAAUAUCUUGGCCAAAGAGAGAAGGCUUCAGUUCCAUCAGAAAGGGAGAAGUAUGAAUUCGACUGGGUCUGGGAAAAGCAGUGGUACCGUGUCGAGUGUCUCAGAGCUGCUGGAGCUUUAUGAGGAAGAUCCUGAAGAAAUUCUAUAUAAUCUUGGAUUUGGACGAGAUGAACCGGAUAUCGCAUCUAAAAUUCCUUCCAGAUUUUUUAAUUCGGCGUCCUUUGCCAGAGGCAUAGACAUUAAAGUCUUUUUGAGUGCACAGAUGCAACGAAUGGAAGUCGAGAACCCAAGUUAUGCUUUAACAAGCCGUUUUCGUCAAAUUGAAGUGCUCACUACUGUGGCCAAUGCAUUUUCUUCUUUAUAUUCCCAAGUCUCUGGUACUCCCCUGCAGAGAAUUGGAAGUAUGUCCUCAGUGGCCUCCACCAAGGAGGCAGCAGACUCCCCUCCGCCUCUGACCCGAAGCAACACUGCAAACCGCCUGAUGAAAACACUAUCAAAAUUAAACUUAUGUGUUGAUAAAGCAGAGAAAGGAGAAGGGAGCCCUCCCACCGCUGGCGAGAAAGGAAGGAGUCUAUGUGUUUCACUGUGUGAAGACGGUGGCAAGACUGAUCCCAAGCUCCCGAAAGUUAUAAAGAAGAAGGAGUCAUCCUCAAUGCUGGCCACGGUUACAGAAGAAGUCUCAGGUAGCUCGUCCACCAUCACAGACAGCGCUGAUGCUGACAGACUCUCUGACGAAGCUGACAGUACCAUUAGCCACAAAAUGGAAGGGGAACAAAGCAGAGAAGCUCCAAGUCAGGAGAAUAAAGUGCUCUGGAGGCCUGUUGUCACCGGUGCUGACUCAGGUCAGGAUGUGAGCAUGUGCGGCCCAGGUGAGCUGGAGGGCAGCAGUGAGCUAAACAACGCCCAUGCAUCCGGGAGUGAGAAGGAGCCCUGUGCACCCCUGGCCAUCCCAUCCAUAAGAAAUAUAAUGGUGCAGCAGAAAGACUCCUUUGAGAUGGAAGAGGUGCAGAGCACCGAGGGAGAAGCACCUCACGUGCCAGCCACUUGCCAGCUAAGUCUUGCCAAGUCAAAAAGAGAUCAUCUGUUGCGAACUGCAAGUCAGCACUCCGACAGCAGCGGCUUUGCUGAGGACUCCACAGACUGCCUCUCUCUCAAUCACCUGCAGGUUCACGAGUCCCUGCAAGCCAUGGGGAGCAGCGCUGACAGCUGUGACAGUGAAACAACUGUCACAUCAUUUGGUGAAGACCACGUGACUCCUACAGCACAAGACCAGCCAUAUUUUAAUGAGUCGGAGGAGGAGUCUCUUGCACCAAUUCAGAAAGAAAGAGCAAAAGGGGCUGCCGACAAGAGAAAAGCAGAUAACCAAGAUUUCCCUCAGUGUGACACUGCAGAGGACACUGGGAACAAAGAGUCCAUAAGCGGUUCAGGUGACCCUGGCCCUCGGACAACUGAAGUGGAGGAGGGUGCAGCUCCAGCACCCGCCACAGAGCUCUUGCAGGAAGGGAGUGGAGACAGUGAUGUGGAGAGGAGCAGCGAAUGUGAAUUUGCCCAGUACACCACACACCAUAUUCUCAAGUCCUUGGCUUCCAUUGAAGCUCAGUGCAGCGGUGUGAGCUCUGAAAAGAAAACUGAGCUUCCCUCUUCUGUGGACAGAGUGAAUUCUGCCCUGCAGAGAGCUCAGAUGAAGGUUUGCAGUGUGUCUGGCCAGAGAGUAGGGCGUAGCCUAAUAAAAUCAGCGGAUAUGUUGAAACAGAGGUACUUGCUUGCAAAAGCUGGCUAUCCUCUGAGAAGGUCUCAGUCUCUGCCCACCACCUUACUGAGCCCAGUCAGGGUUGUGUCUUCUGUCAAUGUGCGCUUAUCUCCAGGGAAAGAGACCAGGUGCAGCCCACCCUCCUUCACCUACAAGUACACCUCUGAAGAGGAGCAGGAAUUAGAGAAGCAAGUGACUGAGCAUGAUGGCCAGUCUUUGGUUAAAUCUACCAUCUUCAUCCCCCCAUCCUCUGGGAAGAGAGAAGCAGCCCCUCAGAGUGAGGGGACACGGCUGGAGGAGAACCUCCGGGGAAGGCUAGGCCCCUGCCCAAAGUUUGCUCCGAUCUCCCAGUCCACCUGCUCCCUUCACUCUGCCCACUCUGAGUGGCAGGACAGGCCCCUGUGCGAACACAUGAGGACUCUGAGUGCUCACAGUGUCCCCAACAUAUCAGGUGCUUCGUGCAGUGCCUUCUCUUCUCCUUUCUGCUGCCCCUAUUCGCGUAGGCACGCUGCCCACCCAUACAGGACAUGCCCUGUGAAUCCUCCUUCUGCCAUAGAGAUGCAGCUGCGAAGAGUGUUGCAUGAUAUCAGACACUCACUACAGAACCUUUCACAGUACCCGCUGAUGAGAGGACCCGAUCUCGCUGCUGCUCCAUACAGUGCUCAGAAGUCGUCUAUUCUACCUCUUUAUGAAAACGCCUUUCAGGAGCUUCAGGUGGUGCGGAGGAGCCUUAACCUGUUCAGAACGCAGAUGAUGGACUUGGAGUUGGCCAUGCUACGGCAGCAAACCAUGGUGUACCCUCACAUGACAGAGGAGGACAGGUAUGAAGUCGACCAGCUGCAGGGUCUACGGAACUCCGUGCGGAUGGAGCUGCAGGACUUGGAGAUGCAGCUGGAGGAGCGCCUGCUGGGCCUGGAUGAGCAGCUCCGCGCCGUGCGGGUGCCUUCACCCUUCCGCUCCUCUGUGCUCCCGGGGAUGUGCGGCAGCCGGAGUGCUGAUAACUUACUGUGCCCAUCUCCACUGAAUGUCAUGGAACCAGUCACAGAACUAAUGCGGGAGCAGUCAUACCUGAAGUCGGAGCUGGGCCUGGGCCUUGGAGACAUGGGCUUUGAGAUUCCUCCUGGAGAGAGCUCGGAGUCCGUCUUCUCUCAAGCCACGUCAGAGUCAUCUUCUGUCUGCUCCAGCCCUUCCCACACCCACAGAAGAUCCAGGGCGCCUUCUGGGAGCAAACCCAGGACCCGCAUAGUGGCCAGAAAGAAGAUAUUCCGAGCCUCCGUGGCCCUGACACCAACUGCCCCAUCUAGAACAGGCUCUGUGCAGACGCCUCCGGAUCUGGAGAGUUCUGAGGAAACUGGAGCAGCUGAAGAAGCCCCACGGGCUGUGGGACUUCCAUCUCACAUGGAGGAAGAGCCUGAGGAUCUCCUACCCAUGCCAGCGGCUGAGGAAAUGCACCAGAAUGUAGAGCAGGAUGAGCUUCAGCAAGUCAUACGGGAGAUUAAAGAGUCUAUUGUUGGGGAAAUUCGACGAGAAAUUGUAAGUGGACUUCUGGCAGCCGUGUCUUCAAGUAAAGCAUCUGGCUCUAAGUCGGACAGUCACUGAGAGGAGCAUGCUGGGGUUGGGGUGGCCCCCACUAACUGUACCACUGGCGUUGGAGGUAUUGCUUGUCCUUUGGAAGAUCCUCCCUACUGAGCUGGGCUGCUGUGCACAUGGACAGUGUGUUUCUGUAUGCGGUGUAUGGUUUCUGCUUUGCAUAAAAAGCUUAAAAACAUACAUAGAAACUUAGGCGUGUUGCUGACCCAUUUCUAAACUGUCAGACUGGCCAUCUGAAAGCCUGGUAUUUAUUUGUUUGUCAAUAUUGUUCCAGUUGAUAUCCUAUGUAGAGUUAAUUGUAAAACUUGAAGAGUUCCAGAUGUAACCAACUUAUAAAUAACAUAUUUCUGCAGACUAGCUUCUACAACACUGACCUCUGUGAGGUAUUUACUGUGCAAUAACAGAUUCAUCGUUUGAGAGCUUGAAGCAGCCGAUGACUUUCCCUCCACUGCUCUUCAUUGGGGUCACUUCCAAGAAGACUAACUGUUGUGUUGUAAAAACUGCUCUUAAUUCUUGAGGAGGCUACUGAGAAGCAGCAGGGUAGAUCUCAUGAGGUUACCUACAACUACUUCAUGUUCUUACACUGUAAACCUGUUGCUUUGCCCCAAACAAAUGUAAUUUCAUUCGAGCUGUGUGCCUUGUGGUAGACACUGUGUACGCUCUGCAUUGUAAUUUUAUUGUAGCUAUGUGCCCUGGGGUAAGCACUGUGCACUCUGCAUUGUCCGGAUGUCUUACUUUAAGUGUUUCUUCUGUCGUUUAGACUAAAUAGUAUUGUCAAGAUAGUGGGGCCUGUGACUUGAAUGGAUGGACUACAACUGAAUAAGCUGGUUUUUCUUUUUCAAAAAUGAGAUUUAGACUUGUUUUUCUCAUGCAUAAAUGAUUUUAAUUCAGUUUUAACCAGUGAAAACUCUUGGUUUUCCUGAAAGAAGAAAGAAAGGGUUUCCUGUCUGGUCUUCUAUAUGUGAAAUAAAUGUAUAAGGUAACAAUCAAAUGUUAUUAGAAAUUAAUCUUUUAGCAUUUGUAAUUUUCAACUCCUAUUAUGUUUCCUUGUGUGAGAAAUUUUAGCCAAAAGUGCUUAGUUAGCACUCUUUGAAAGAAAAUCUAAAAGGUUUAUAAAUAUUUGAGCUAUCACACAAAGGCUGAUCUCUAAAAAAAACAAAAAAUGAAAAACCCCAUUAAAACAAUAAAGUAUUUAUUUUGCCUAAAAUGUUAAUUUCUUAUUUUGAGCUGUAACAUGAAGAAUUUGGAUUGAAGGCUAACCAAUAAAGUCCGAAAGGCUUAUUCCCCCACACUCAGCUUCUGCAUUGCUUUUAGGAAGGUCAGGCUCCACCACCAAGAGGACACUCUUGGGCUCAGAAAGGUCCAGGGCUAUGAUGCCAUGUAAGACCAGGUUGAACCUCUCCUUAAAGUGUGCAGUUAAACUAUGAAGAGCAGCAUGCCUGUAAUCAGUACUGGAGAAGUAGAUGCAGGAGUUCAAAGCCAGCCUGGACUUACAUGAAACUGUCUGUCAUAAAAACAAAUGAAAAAGAACAGAUAUUAAAAUAUUACUGAGUCAAAUUAUUCAGCAGUUUAACCAGUUGACGGUGGUGGUAAACGCUUAAACCAGACAUUCCACAUGAACAGGAAGUAAUGCAGGCAUUAAUGAUUUUAAUUAUUCAGGCUUUUAGCCAAUUUCAGUUUAUUUCUAACAGAGUGAGACCCCCAGGUUUUGGUGGUCAAGACUGGUAGUCUGAAAACUGCAAUACUAGGCUGAGCCAACAGACCUGUCCCUUGGCGCAUGGAUACAGUGAAGCUCGUCACUGUCUCUCUGUUUCUCUGAGCUUGCUGGGAAGCUGCCGUCUUCAAGCCACCAUGCUGUAUAGAAGGAGCAGAGAAAGAGGUGGAAACGGAUGCGUUUUUAAUGUAAGGUAUGUUGAGCUGUGUCCAUUUCAAAAAAUUGUGAAAGUAUAACUUCAAGCAGACAGAGAAGUCUAUCAAUGUCUUUUGGUUUGAGUGAAGUUUUAAGACUAAAGACAGAGAACUGGAGAGUGUGAGGUUAUGUCAUUCAAGAGGGACAUCAGUGAAGAGUUAUCCACAGCACCAAAAGUGAGUUUGAAGGACCACAUGCCUGGUGAGAGCCAUGUUCUUAAAGACCGCCUUUGCCAGAGCCUUCCUGAAGAAGGCUCAGCAGAAAACCCUGAGAUUACUUUUGAAGUUUUCAGGCACUCAGUGACACCGACCAUGGAAGCACGCGCUGUACCACUCCUUUUUAGGAAGUGCCCGGUGAUGGGAAGGCCAUCCACGCUAAACACGACCGUCUAUUACUCGUGUUCCCGAGUUACGUGUUUAGUAAAUCCAUGCACAGAUGA